CCCCCUCCAUCACCACACUGUGCGUUUUCCUCUUGGCGCUCUAAACCGAUCAUCGGUGGAAGUCCCGAGCCGCAGCAGCCCAACAGUGCCAUCCAUCCACUAUACAUACAGAGUGUGCUCAGGCUGGCCGGCUGCUGCACAGGCACCAUGGAGCAAAAAUCACCCAAGGAUGAGGGCACCGGCAAAGGACAGGAGUCCUACCAGCGGAGGAUGUGGAAGAAUUUCCAGGGGAAAACCAAGCCCUGGCUCAGUCCGAAACUGGGAUCGGAGCGUCGCGGCGCAGGGGGCGCGGAGGGCAGCAAGAAGGAAUCGGGGCUGUGGAUGUUUAAAAGGAAAAAGAAACAGCUGGACCGGGUGUUUUCGUCGUCGCAGCCCAAUCUGUGCAGCUCUACACCGGCCUCCUUUGAAGGGGACACGAGGUCCGGUGGCGGCGACGCGGUCCCAGGCACCAGCGCGGGCGGACGACCCCUGCUGCAUCCCCUUGGCGCAGCCUCUGGAGCCACGGGGAGCAAGCCAGAGCUGACGACGCACGGGAGUCCCAAGCUCCCCGUGUCCCAGCUGAUCACGUACCAGCAGAAGAGCUCCUCUCUGGGCUCGGCAUGCUUCGAGAAGCUGGUGGUGGAGCCGGCCGCGGAGCUGGGAGAGGAAGAGCAGCUGCGUAAAAACGCAAGCGAUUCCGUGAGUAAAAGAGCAGACACAUGUGGCUAA